AUGGUAAUGGAAAGAUUAUGUAGUUCAAUUUGCGCGUUUUAUGAACAAGACCGCAACGUUAUCAUGAUCGUAUUAAUGUUGAAAGAGGCUUUUGUUUGUGAAGCUAACAUUAUAUUUAAUGUACAAAUCCAACAGAAGAAAGCUUUUCAAAUGUUACCGAGAAGGUUCCAGACUAAGUCCUACAAAGAUCACUGGAUAACACACAAAAAAACCAUGGCUGGGCAAGGAAAACUGAGAUAA